AAGAGGCGAGAGUCGGCGGGGGAGGGGGAGCGCUUCCCCCGGAGGCGGUAGCGACCGACGGCGGCCGUCGCGGGAGCUGGGAUGGCGGGGCCCGCGGGCACGGGCUGAGCCGGAGGGCGGCCCUCCCGCCCCGCCCUCCUCCCCCCUCGUCCGUCCGUCCGUCGGUCGGUCCCCGCUGGAAGCUGGCGGAGCUGGGCCGGGCCGGGGGCGCGGCGGGCCCCGCCGGCGGGAUGAUGCGCUCGCAGUGCCUGCUCGGCCUCCGGGCCUUCCUCGCCUUCGCCGCCAAGCUCUGGAGCUUCCUGCUGUACCUGCUGCGCCGGCAGGCCCGCACCGUGAUCCAGUAUCAAACCGUGCGCUACGAUAUUCUUCCCCUCUCCAGGGUUUCCCGGGAACGGCUUAAUCACGUGAAGAGGAAGAUUCUUGUCCUCGACCUGGACGAGACACUGAUUCACUCCCAUCACGAUGGGGUCCUGAGGCCCACAGUGAGGCCGGGGACUCCCCCUGACUUCAUCCUGAAGGUCGUCAUAGAUAAGCACCCCGUCCGCUUUUUUGUACAUAAGAGGCCGCACGUGGACUUCUUUCUAGAAGUGGUGAGCCAGUGGUACGAGCUCGUGGUCUUCACAGCCAGCAUGGAAAUCUACGGCUCUGCUGUGGCCGACAAGCUAGAUAAUAACAGGAGCAUCCUCAGGCGGAGAUACUACAGGCAGCACUGCACUUUGGAGCUGGGCAGUUACAUCAAAGACCUUUCAGUGGUCCAUAAUGAUCUGUCCAGCAUUGUCAUCUUGGACAAUUCCCCAGGAGCCUACAGGAGCCAUCCAGAUAACGCGAUCCCCAUCAAGUCAUGGUUCAGUGACCCCAGCGACACGGCACUCCUCAACCUCCUCCCCAUGCUCGAUGCCUUGAGGUUCACAGCAGACGUCCGGUCGGUGCUCAGCAGGAACCUGCAUCAACAUCGCCUUUGGUGACAGCGGCUCCUCCUUUCUUCAGGGUUUGGCCACAGCCUCUGCCUUAACCCGCCACUGCGGCCCCCCUGCGCACCUUGGCUGCUCGGGGUCUGACGGACGCCUUCCAACGCGGCCGGCGAGCCAGCCGGUCGGUGACGAUGCCCGUGGGAACUCCGCUUCGGCCUCUCCCUGCGGCCAUCAGCUGCCCUCUCCCCUGCGACCGGCACCCUGGAGACUGGCAGUGACUCAGCCGGGCAGAGGUGGGGUGAGGGCUGUCCUGCUGGCACGAUGCCGGCAGCUGUGGGGGGCAAGAUGCACAAGAAAGGGGGUGAAGCGAGCCAGCCACAGAGACCGACACGACAGACCUUUUGAGAGGAGGCUGUAUUUCUCAUUGGAAGGAGCGCCCUCCCUUCCCAGCUUUUAUUUUCCUCGGUUUUCGUUUCCUUUCUCCCCCCGUCCUUGGAUGAAGGGGGUGAGGGCUGCUUCAUCUAAGAAGGACCUUUCAGACGACUGGCAAGUCUGACUUCCUUCUACAAGGGUCUUGCCCCCCCCCCCACGGUGGAAGCAGGUUGGCCCUUCCGCUUGAAUUCGCACGGAGGCCCCUUGUUCCAGGAUGUCUCCAUUUUUAUUUUAUUUCUUUGACUUCUGGGAUGGGGAGGGGUCGGAUGAUGAGAUAUUAUAGCCUUGAACUGAGGUGGAAAAAAACCAAAACACCAAAACCGA